CUUUUUUUCUUUAUCCAGCUAUUCCACUGGAUAGGGAAUGAUUUUGAAUUUGCAUCGAUAACUUGGACGUAUCUUUACUCUUUAUUUAGUUUGAAGUUUUUAUUGGAAAAAGAAAUUGCAUCAACAUCUGCUUCUUCGUAAUUGUGAAUUCGCAGAUUAAUUUUUAAGAAUCUUUGCAGCACCUCGCUUUAUCUUUUUAGCCACUUGGAGAAUACAAAAAGCAUCUGUAUUCUACCUGUCUAGUAGAUAUUGAGUGAGGUUUCCCUCGUAGUGUCUGAAGGUAGGAAAGAUUUGACUCUGUAAUUUCUUUGAGCAGUAUUGCAGACGAAUGCACGACAAAUGUACAUUCUGCUUCCUUUCAUGAUUAAAACACAUGGAGCAUGCAUGCUUUGUUAUUUGUUUCUGUUAGCAGAAACCAUUAAUAUUUAUACUCUUGAAGUACGCAGAAUAUAUGUAUAUUAGCAAGUAUAAGAAUGAUCCAUUAACAUGAUUGUUGUCGAUAGUGCAAGUACAUUGAACUUGGUUGCAAUUGAUGUGUCAAUCAUGGGCUUGUUCAAUGUACCGACAGUGAAUCGUCUAUAUUCUACAUAGCUGAUACUCAGCAAACAUGCUGCACAUUUUCCUUUUCACAAAAGGUUGCACAUUAUUCUUGUACUUGGACUGGGUAAGUUGGUCAGGUCUUGUCAGAUUUUGUCACCCAAUAUUCGGCAUUCUUAUUUCCGGCUUAUGAGUUCAGGUGCUGCCGUUUGUGUUGCGCAAAGCCAGGUAACUGAACUGGUGACCCAAUAAUGUCUGAAUGCAUUUGCUAUUUGGAACUUGCUGCGGUUGCAGGACUAGGUAUAUGAUUUUUGCUUUUUCUUUUUUUUCGUCUCAUCACUCGGAAGUUGCGGUUUCCCUGGAUCUGCAAGUGCAAGCAGCUUUGCAGUUCACAAACUUGUCAUAGGCCUUCAACUAAUGCAGCUAAGUUCUAGUAGAUUGUUAGUAAUUCUACAUCAAAAAAGCAAUCUUGUAAGUAGAGCACUCUCUCCUUGUCUUUGUGGUAAUAAUUUCUCCUCCGAGGUUGUAUGUUGCAAUGUUACUUGUGGAGGGCUUUAUCAGGGAAUUAAGUCUUCUUUAUUAUGCAGUUAUAACACUCAGUAAGUAGAUGGAGAAGAUUUUAAUUAGGAAGUGGAUGGCAAUUACAUAUUAAAAUGGUAGUGUUUUUUAUUUUUUUUAUAUUUCUGUAAAAUAUGAAAAUGUUUGAUUGGAUGACCUUCUAUUUUGUUAGCUAGGAAGUUUCCUUGUCCUUUCCUAUUUUUCUUUUGUAGAAGGGUUUGACCUUCUCGAUUGCAACUAUCGCUUUUUCUUUUUUUUUUUAAGGUAGCUUUUUUUUUUUAGAGUUAUGUUUCGGAUACGCCGAAUGUACCCAAAAGUGCAAUUUACUUCAUGGAAGGACUUUUGGCUUUUGCUUUUAAGCAAUAGUUUCUUGUGGAAUGUAAAAUAAAAAACAAAAGAUCUAAAGUUUUUUGUCACAAAGAACCUCAAAAGUUGCAUUUUGAACCUCUUAAAAGUAGAAGUUACAAUUUAUUGUUUCUAAAUUUGUUGUAAAAUAACAUUACUGUACUCUAUUGCUGUAGAAUCAAUUAAAUUUAUUUUUAUAUUGAAUAAUCUACAAAUAUCAUUCCCCUUGUCUCGUUGACAUUUGAUCCGUCAAAAGCACUGUAUAGAUUACCUUUUGUAGCACACAAUCCUUCAAUUUUCCAUCUACAGGACUAAUGGCUUAUCUCAGUGCCACGUCACCCGUAUCUUUCACCGGAUAAUAAAACUCGGAAGUCACCUUUUAACAAACUCCAUGCAUAAAAAUUCCGUCCCUAGCAAUUUAGGAAUCUAAGAGAGAGAAGAGACCGAGAAGAGAGAGAAAACAACCUCGAUGUCAACUAAGGCCUCACAAAACUCCGGCGAUCCCCCGACCAAACCAGUGAGCUACCGCUUCGCUGGCACGGUCAUGCUCUCCGUCACCCUAACCCUAAUCCUUAUCGCCAUCCUCAUCGUCCUCCUCCACUACUACUCCCGGUACCUCCGCAGCCGCCCGGAUGCAACGACGACCGCCCUACGCACCGACAGCUCCCUUGGCCAGCCUACUUCUGGCCUCAGCCCCGCCACCAUCUCCGCCAUGCCGACUUUUGCCUAUAAAGAAGGGGAGUUCGGUGCGACGGAGUGCGCGGUGUGCCUCGGCGCCCUCAAGGAGGGGGAAGCGGUGCGGCUUCUGCCCAACUGCAAGCACGUGUUUCAUGUCGAGUGCGUAGACACAUGGCUGCGGUUGCACUCCACUUGUCCGGUGUGCCGUGCAGCUGCUGAGCCGGUCCUGCCACUGCUGUUGCCGCCUGGAGUGUUCGCAGAAAUGGCGGCCGCAGGGGCAGCGGGUGUGGAAGGCACGUCGACGGGUGCUGGGAAAGAGGCGGAGUCCACGUCGCGGCUGGGCUCGUCAUUCCAGCGGAUGGUUGGUCGGGAUUGGUCGUGUAGGCGGUCGGCGCAGCCGGAGGCGGCAGGAGUAGAAGAUGCUGAGAGGCAGUAAUUAUUGCCAGAAAUUCCACAUGUAAAACUAGU